GGGUAUUUUAAUUUUUCAAGGUUGGAUGUGUAAAUAAGCUCUUUCGUUAUCUUUAAGAAACACAAAUUAGUUAAGUUUCACCUUCUUUUGUUCCACAAAAGACUACUUUGUCAUGGAUUUAUUUCCAUUCUAUUUGUUUGUUAUCUGUCGACACUAGUUCUGCGCGAUUUUCCAAUUUUUUUUAUCAUGUCUUUGAGUGAAAUAGUUGAGAAUGUAAAGCAAGCACGAGAACUGGCUUUGCUUGGAAACUAUGAAAGUUCGUUAACGUAUUAUUCUGUUGGUCUUGCUCAACUUAAGAAGUUCACUGUUUCAAUUUCUGAAGCAAAUCGAAAACAACAAUGGCAAACUGUACGGCAAGAGCUUACAGAUGAAUAUGAACUGGUUAAAGACGUCAACCAAACGUUGUCUAGUUUCAAAAUAUCUGAUGAUGACUCGGGUUUGAGUGCUUUUGCCAGUCGCUAUAAUUCCCGUUCAACUGUUGAAGAGCCAACCAGAGACCCAGAUGUUUGGCCACCUCCCCCUCCUCUCGAACGAAGGCAUGGGAAUAGUUCUCAAAACGCUGGAUCAAAUAUUCAGCCAAAUUCAGUUUCUAGCUCUUACUAUAAGCCACCUGUUGCUCAUGCUCCAGCUCCCCCUCCUCCAUCCGUUAGCUCCAAGUCAUCUAAUAAUACUGCGGGAUCAUUUCGUCGCAAUGUCAGGCCCAGUCCGACGAAUCCUCGAUCUAAGGGUACCACUCAAACCUCUGCAAAUAAUCGUCGUGUCAAAUCUGGAUCUCAACCUACUGGGGAUGCUACUACCACUGCUAACAAUAACAAUGAAGAGAAAUUUGAUGCUAGUGGAUACGACAAAGAUCUUGUGGAAACACUAGAACGCGAUAUUGUUCAACGUAAUCCAAAUGUUCGAUGGGAUGAUAUAGCUGCAUUAGAUGAUGCAAAACGUUUACUUCAAGAAGCUGUAGUUCUCCCAAUGGUUAUUCCGGGUUUCUUUAAAGGAAUACGUAGACCAUGGAAAGGGGUAUUAAUGGUUGGUCCGCCUGGUACGGGCAAAACAUUAUUAGCUAAAGCUGUUGCAACAGAAUGUGGCACCACAUUUUUCAAUGUUUCCAGUUCUAGUCUAACAAGUAAAUGGAGAGGUGAAUCAGAAAAAUUAGUCCGUCUUUUAUUUGAUAUGGCACGUUUCUACGCACCAAGCACAAUAUUCAUGGAUGAAAUCGAUUCAAUCUGUUCUCGACGUGGUGGUGAAUCAGAACAUGAAAGUUCUCGGCGUGUUAAAUCUGAACUUUUAGUGCAAAUGGAUGGAGUAACAGGAGCUACAGGACAAGAAGAGGAUCCUACAAAAUCUGUUAUGGUUCUUGCUGCUACGAAUUUCCCUUGGGACAUUGACGAGGCUUUGCGUAGACGUCUUGAGAAACGAGUGUACAUACCUCUUCCAAAUGGUAUGAUAUUUGUGUGAAGUAUUUACCUUACAAUAUUAGGUUUUUCGAAUUUAUGUGGAAUUUCGCGGGUAAUUCAUUUUCACCAUUCUUUACAACUUGUCCAGGCUCUGUUUAGAGUCUUUUACAUUAGAUUGCAUUUAUUUCUAUCUAUAUUCACUUUUUCCCAUUCUACCUAUCUUCUAGACUUUGACAUGUUAUCCAAUGUUCUGACAGUUUAUAUUUUUAUCAACUGAAUAUUGUCCUAUCACUUGUGAUCAUCUUACAAUGAAUCUGUUCUAACAGUAUGAUGUUCGCGCUAAAUUAAUACAUACCUUGUCAUUUUCAAAUGUUUCAAAGUGAUACUUUCUAAAAGCUAAUCUUAUUGAAAUCGAUAUAAAUGGGAAAGCAAACAAAUGUUAUGCACAGUGACUGCACGCAAAACUCUGCUGCAAAUCAACUUGAAAGACGUUCCUUUAGCAGAAGAUGUAGAUUUAGACAGUAUAGCUGAACAAUUAGAUGGUUAUUCCGGUGCGGACAUAACGAAUGUAUGCAGAGAUGCUUCAAUGAUGUCUAUGCGACGAGCUAUAGAAGGACUCUCAGUAGAGCAAAUCAAAGGUCUUAAUACUGCUACACUUAAUCAGCCGACACGAAUGGCUGAUUUCGAAGAAGCAGUCGGUCGUGUGUGCAGAUCUGUUUCAGCCAGUGAUGUUGAACGGUAUGAGAAAUGGAUGACAGAGUUUGGGGCUACAUGAACUGCUGAUUUACGUUUACCGAUGUGGACUUAUACCAUUCGCACAUAUUUGAUUGGCUUAUCCAGGUUUUUACCUUGCAAAUAAAUGUACUUGAUUGUCAUAUCUCAAACCUACGUAUCUCAAAUCAUCAGAUUAUAUGGAUACUACAUUCAUGGCUCAAAUGACUGAAUAACUGAAUCCAGCCUUCCAAUUAAUUGCGCUUUGCAAUUGAGGAAAAAAUACAUCAAUUGCCAUGUUUUCUUGUUGGUUUACACUCGAACGUGUUGGUUCUCCUCUAUGCUCCCUACCCGUGAUGGAUAUUUUUUCACUUUACACUAGGUAUAAUGUUUUUGAUUUGAUAAAUCUUGUAUGUCUUUCAGUUGUCCAGAAAUAGGCUAAUACAAUCUUUGUUGAUAA